AUGGGUCUGGAUUUUUGCUCAGCUCCAGCAACAUCUGUUGAUGCAGAGCAAGCAUUUUCUGUUGGUUGUUGUCAAAUCAAUUUCAUACAACAUAACACCUCAUCAGAUACAUUCAGAGCACAAAUGGCAGUUGGAUCUUGGGAUGGAACACCUUUAUUCAGGAAUUACAAGGAUACAGUUAAUAUUAUUGAGGCUAAGAGGACGGGAAUGGAUUGA